UGUGAAGAAGCAGCGAGGACGACCCCCGGACGGACCAAACCCGCGCGCCGCUGUAUACCCGCGUUCAGCGCCGACGUCCCCUGCCGCCGCCAUGCCCAAAAGAAAGGCUGAAGGGGAUGCUAAAGGAGACAAAGCCAAGGUGAAGGACGAGCCACAGAGAAGAUCUGCAAGAUUGUCUGCUAAACCUGCUCCUCCAAAGCCAGAGCCCAAGCCUAAAAAGGCCCCUGCAAAGAAGGGAGAGAAAGUACCCAAGGGGAAGAAGGGGAAAGCCGACGCGGGCAAGGAUGCGAAUAAUCCUGCAGAAAAUGGAGAUGCCAAAACAGACCAGGCACAGAAAGCGGAAGGUGCCGGAGACGCCAAGUGACGUGUGUGCAUUUUUGAUAACUGUGUACUUCUGGUGACUGUAC